AUGGAGAUCACCGAGGAGCAGCGGCGUCGCUCCGAGGCCAACCGCCUCGCCGCCCUCGAGAAGCGCAAGCGCCUCGCAGUGGCUGCAGCCGCGGCCGCGCCUGCCACCGCCUUUCCCGCCUCCGGCGCCCCCACAUUCCCUGCCUACGACACUGCCGCCGCCGCCGCCGCCGAGUGGAGGCUCGCCAAAUGCCCAAGAAUCGCCCCGCCCGCGCCCCAGCCUCCGUUUGCGCCGCUGCCCCCGCGUCCUUCCCCACCGCCGCCGCCGCCGACUCCGCCUCAGCCGCUGGUGGGGUUCCAGGUUGUGCUGGAGGUAUGCAGCCCCGACGAGUUCUUGGUGGCGGUGGGGCCGGUGGAAGGCAGGGCCUACCCCGGGGAGGCCGAGUGCCUCGGCGCCGUCCAGGACUGUCUCGCCGCGGCUUCGGUUGUACAAUACUCUGCAACGCAGUCGCUAAGUCAAAGCGCACAUCUUCGUCCUGCAUUUAAGCUUGUGGACUAUGAUGUGGUGUUGAAAUGCCUUAAGAAAUUACCUGGAGCUUCUGUGCAAGAAAUACCUUCUAGCACAAAGAGAAUUAUUCAGGAUAUACCUAGGUAUCCUGGCCAAAAGUGGGCUUCUGAUGAAGAAGUAGAUGAGCUUCUCAAGAAGCUGCCACAGCAAACAAAAGAUGCUCUUUUACCCUUCCAACUUGAAGGGGUGAUGUUUGGGCUUCGAAGGCGUGGAUGCUGCCUAAUUGCAGAUGAGAUGGGGCUUGGCAAGACUCUCCAGGCGAUUGCAAUAGCAUGCUGCUUCAAGGAUGAUGGCUCUAUAUUAAUAGAACUUUUGGAUAAGCUAGCAUUUGAACAUAUUUUAAUGAGUUAUUAUUUGGUCAUCAAGACAGUCUUGAACAUCUAA